UAAUGAUUAGUUUUGUUUUUUUAUUUUUAUUUAUAUGUAUAUUUCAAAUAAUAAUAAUAAUAAUAAAAAUUUAAAAUAAAAAAUAGUAAUGGUUAAAGUUAAAAGUGUAAAGAUUUAUACAUUUAUAGAUGAUGAAGAUGGAAAUUCAGAAUUAUUUUGGUUAAAUGGUCAACUUAUUAAUCACACAGCAAUCGAAUAUAUGGUCAGAGCAUGUAAUGGGUUAAAUAAUAGUUGUUUGGGUGGCAGAAAAUUUAAAAAGAUUAAAGUUAAGAAUAAAACCAAAAAAGAAAUUGUCAAUCAAUCAAAACUAGUACUAAGGGAAUACAUCAGAAAAAAAACAAGAAAUGGAAAACUGACGUUAAAGAAUUUUACUGUUGGCCAGUGUCACUGUGAUCUAUGCGUAAAUGAGUUACCAAUCAUUAUUCAACAAAAGAAAAGCAAAUUUCCCAAGAAUGAAAACGAAUGGUUUGAUUAUCUACGUGUCAUUUAUUUUUGUAUCAUUAAGCAACAAAAGUAUGUCAUCGAUGUAAAGGAGCCAAAAGAUGACGAGUCCAACAAAUUUAAUGACUCAUCAUCAGAAGAAGACGAUGACGACGAUUUCUUGUCUGAUGAUGAUGAUCAAUCUGGUAGCAGUAAAAAUGGAAAUAGCAAUGGUAGUAGUAAUUCUACAGGUAAAAUGGAAUAUUCAGGAAAUCAAGAGAAUCGUUUAAAUGAUAACAUAAACAAUGAUGAAGAGGGUGAAAAUGAUGAAAAUGACAAUUUCAAUAGAUUUCAAGAUGGAAAAGAGUAUUUUGUAUAUACUAAAGAUUUGUUUGAAUUCUUGUUUGUACAUAGAAAAUUAUUAGAAAUAGAAGGUUUAUUUAAAAAGUAUUCAACAUCCGAAAUAAAGAAAACUAUAAUAUCAACUCUAUGCUAUUGGCAAAAUACUUUUAAGAAUGGUAAACAAGUUAUGGGUGUUAACGGCUAUUGGACUUUAGUAGAUGUAAAAGAUGAUCCAUGGUACGAUAUUGAUAUUCCAUCAGACGAGGGUGAAAGCAGAAAGGUUAACGGAAAGAGUUAUAAAAUUUGUGGGGUUCCAACACCACGUGGUAAAUGCCAAAGAAUUGGUACUUGUCCAACUCAUCCUAAAAUAAAUCAUAUACCAACCUCAAAAAAUAUCAUACCGGACGAAUUCAAUUUUUCAGAGUCUAGCCAAAGUGAUAGUGAUGACAGUGAUAGGUUUCUAAACAAUUCAAGUGGCGAGGAAGAGGAAGGAGAGGAAGGGGUUGGCAAAAAGAAAACAUCAGUAAAAAGGAAAGUAACAGAGAGUAAAAAAUCAACUUUAUCAAAAACAAAAUUAAAAUCAAAGUCAAAACCCAACGCUACAAAUAAAAAAGUACUAAAAACAACUAUCAGAAGAAUCAAAUCAAACACUACUAAAAAUGGAAAAUCAACAACCAGUAAAACUACUACGAAAAUAAAAAAUAAUAAUAAUAAUAAAAUUGGUAAUAAAAUUAAAAACACCAAUAAUAAUAAUGUCAACAACAAUAAUGAUAAUAUAAUAGACAAUUUGAAUGAGGAGAAUUUAAAAAAAAUUAAAGUCAAAAUCGACCAGGUCGAAGAAGAGAUCGAAAACGAAAUCGAAAAGAAAUCAAUACCUGGAGGUUUAUGUAAAAAUCUUUCACCCCUCAAAAUGGAAAAAGAAAUACUAGAUAAAUUCUCUUUUUCAUCAAUUUUAGAGCAGGCAGAUUUGGUUCAGUAUAAAGAUAGAUUACCUAAAGAAUAUGUUAGAUUUAUGAUUUUAAAAGUUUCAGACAAUGAUCAUCUCCCUCAAACCUUAACAAAUGAAAUUUCAUUACACCCACCACCAUUAAUUCAUAAAUUAUGGUUAUUCCAUAUAUCAAAUACAAAAAAAUAUAAAGAAUUUUGUGAAUUGUUAGGUGGUAGUACAGUGUCAUGCAACCCUCAAAUGGUUUUUGAAUCAAAAGAUUCUUUGGCUAUCAAAUAUGAAAGAUUAAAAGAACUUUAUGUCUAUUCUUUUGGUAAUUUUAAAUUUUAUUCAAAAAAAAGUGUUUCAGCAUAUAAUGAUUGUUUUAAAUCAAAUCAAGAUAUAUGGGUCGAUCCUUCUCAAUUAUAA